AAGAGGUUCACUCAAAAAUUAAACCUUAUCGUACAUAAACUGUACCAUAGAAUGGAGAAACCCUUUAAAUGCAAAGAAUGUGGGAAAAGCUUUAGUCAAGGAGUAUACCUUACCAGACAUCAACGAAUUCACACCGGAGAGAAACCCUAUAUGUGUAAGGAAUGUGGGGACAGCUUCAGUCAAAUUGCUAGUCUUAGAAGACAUGAAAGAAUUCACACAGGGGAGAAACCCCAUAUAUGUGAAGAAUGUGGAAAGAGUUUCAAUAAAAGAUCAACCCUUAGACGACAUCACAGGUGCCAUACAGGGGAGAAACCGUAUAAAUGUGAACAAUGUGGAAAGUGUUUCAGUCAAAGAUCAAGCCUUAAGCAACAUCGCAGGUGCCAUACAGGGGAGAAACCCUAUAAAUGUGAAGAGUGUGGAAAAGGCUUCAGCCAAAAAUCACACCUUGAACGACAUCACAGGUGCCAUACAGGGGAGAAACCCUAUAAAUGUGAAGAGUGUGGAAAAGUCUUUAAGCAAAAAUCACACCUUAAGCAACAUCAGCGCUGCCAUACAGGGGAGAAACCCUAUAAAUGUGAAGAGUGUGGAAAAGGCUUCAGCCAAAAAUCAGACCUUAAACGACAUCACAGGUGCCAUACAGGGGAGAAACCCUAUAACUGUGAAGAGUGUGGAGAAGGCUUCAGUCGCAGCUCAUCCCUUAAGACUCAUCAAUGUACUCACACAGGCGAGAAAUCCUUUCAAUGCAAAGAAUGUGGAAAGGGUUUCAGUAAAUGCUACAACCUUACUGUGCACAAAAGAAUUCAUACUGGAGAGAAACCUUUUCAAUGCUCUGUGUGCACAAAAACAUUCCGUUAUCACAAGAAGAUGGCAGCUACAGGAGGCCCUCUCUUGAGCAGUCCCAUUGAAAUGAACGGGACUCAAUACGAUGAACCAAACCAGGCUUUAUUGAAAGCAAAAGAGGAAUGUCUGCCAUUGAUCUGA